AUGGGGGACCUGGACUUCGACACGGUGUUGAAUUUGAUGGAGAAGACGGAGAAGGAGGGCGCGAAGGCUUCGCCGCCCUCGGAGGCCUCGCCAGUGAGCAACGGGGCGCUGCGGGCGGCCAAGUCCGGCGGCGCCGCCCGCCGGGCCUCCCCAGACUCCCAGGGGGCCCCUGAAGGCCGCAGCCGGCGAGCGGGGCGGGAGCGAAGCCCCGAAGAAGGCCGCAGCAGACAGGGGGAGGGCAGCCCGGAGUCGCGGCGGGGGGGCCCCCGGGGGGAGAGCCCGGAGUCGCGGCGGGGGGGCCCCCGGGGGGAGAGCCCGGAGGGCCGUCGGGGGCGGGGCGAGAGCCCGGGGCCCCGGCGGGCGUCGCGGGGCGGCGGCAACGACAGAGAAAGCCCCGAGGCGCGCCGGGGGGGGCCCCGCGGGGACAGCUCCGAGGGGCGCAGGGGCCCCCGCGGGCAAAGCCCCGAGGCCCGGAGG